GAUGUGGCAUCUCUUUAUAGAAACGCGCGCGCGUGCUGCACGGGCAAUACGAAAUCCACAGCGGACAGCCGAAAAGGUGCUGUUACGGGUCCGGGGUGCACUGAGAUCUCAUUUGUGUUUGCGAUGAAUGGGCUGCUGGCACUGUGUUCGUCUCCUUUGUGCGUGCUCGUAAGAGCAUCCUUUCUUACAAUCUGGCCUAUUUAUUGCUGCAUUCAUACUCAUGGUGUUUCUUCAUGCGAACUCUUUCGUCGAUGUUCUCGGAAUAUCCUGGGCUGUAGUAACAUUUCAUCAAUCUUUCUACUGCACGCUAUCUCUCACAUGUUCAAUAUUACCGUUCAAUGCCUUAUCGUAAUGGAGUAGCAGUCGGGGCUUGCUACUAUCCGCAUCUGGCUGCUGUCCAGUU